UGGACAUCAACAACGACAACCUUGACAUCACAGCCUCGACGUCCUGCCGCUUCCGUGAUACAUUGAACUCUGUACACGUUACCGACCCGCUCAACCUAUCACACCUUGCAACAACCACCAACAUGCCUGGAAUGGGGACAUACAUCAAGGCCAUCUCGGCAGGCGCAGUACUUUGCAUUGGUGGUCCCGCGCUGGUCAUGUGGGUGACACCGACUGAGGAGGAGAUAUUCAAGGCCUACAGCCCUGAGCUCCAGAAGAAGGCACUCGCAAACAGGGAACAGCGCCAGAAGGACUUCGAUGGUUUCGUGACCCAAUUGAAGGACCUGUCAAAGUCGGAGAAGCCUAUCUGGAUUGCACAGAAGGAGCACGAUGCACAAAAGUCAGCGGCAGAGCAGCAGCGACUGAGGGAUGAGCGUGAUGCAUACGCUGCGGAUUCUAGGAGACUACAGCAAGAGAUCAGGAACGCUUCGCAAUGAGCACGACUUUGACUUUGCCACUGCCAGCGUUGCCUUCUUUCUGUGUAUACAUGCAUCUGUAUGAGUAUGAGAAUGAACAAAAUCUUCGCUUUGCCUCGACUGAGGUUCCUAACAGACUUGACUGACUUCAAGGUCCGCUGCUUAUGAAUCGUCAGACCUGCGACUUGUGGCAUGGGGCCUUUUCUAGCAAUCCAACUUAUGCGAUGUAUACUACUCAUUGUACGGAGAUUCAAGCUGAU